AUCCGGGAGAAUGGCAUUUCGGGACUAGCCGCCAUCUUCUCUGGAUCUCGGGCAGACGGUUUUAGAUUUAAUGGAAAGUUGUUAAUUUGCUUAUACUAUUGUGUAAUAAUAGUAUUAUAUUGUAUCUUCUUAUCAGUUUUGGAUUGUGAGAACGAGGCUGUAAUGGUAGAAUUUUAAAUGCGUUUAUAUUUAUACUGAUAAUACCUCGUUUUCUAAAUUUUAUUACGGCUUGUGCAGUGAGAAGGAAUUGACAGACGACUGACUGGGUAUUAGGGGUCGGGAAUCGGCAUUGAUUUUCAGAGAGAACGACUUCAGAACUUUGUGUUACCAAAUUGCGACAGAAUUUUCGUAAUUGAUUAUUACACUAUUGAAUGUUCCUAUACAGUAGUGUGAAAUAGAAGGUAGGUACUAGUGCAAAAAAUGAGUCGACACGAAACAGGAAGAAUUACCGUUCCCGACGAGCUGCGGGAUGUACUGCUUGAGUUCACAAUAAGCUAUUUAUUAGAACAACCUGGCGAUGUUGUGGAAUAUGCAGUAGAUUUCUUCCACAAGUUGCAGGAAAAUCGUGCUGCAAAUCUUGUGAGAUUGGGGGAGACUGUGGAUUCUCCAGAGGAAUCUGUCAUAUCCACAGAAGAAGAGCCACCAGUGACGCGAUUUUCAUCUCGGCGGAAAUCGGUAUUUGCUGAAACAUAUAAUCCAGAAGAAGAUGAGGAAGAUGAUGAAGGUACAAAGGUGGUUUACCCCAAAUCUGAUGAGCAAAGGGAUAGACUGGCUGAGAGUGUGAAGCACAUUCUUCUGUUCAGAGCACUAGACAAAGAACAAAUGCAAGAUGUCCUGGAUGCAAUGUUUGAGAAGACUGUAAAAAUUGGAGAAUAUGUGAUCAAACAAGGAGACGAUGGAGAUAAUUUCUACGUCAUAGAGCGUGGAACUUUGAAUGCAUUCGUGACAACUGAGCUAGGUGGUGAACCCCGACAUGUCCAUACAUAUGAUGGCAGUGGUAGUUUUGGUGAACUGGCCCUGUUGUACAACAUGCCUCGAGCUGCGACCAUCCAAGCAGCUACAGAGGGCGCAUUGUGGGGAAUGGACCGGCAAACUUUCCGCCGCAUACUCCUCAAAAGUGCAUUUAAGAAGCGGAAGAUGUAUGAGGCUUUGCUAGAAAGUGUCCCAAUGUUGAAGGCCCUUCAGGCAUAUGAGCGCAUGAACCUUGCAGAUGCCCUGGUUCCACGCCAAUAUUCUGAUGGACAAAUGAUCAUAAAGCAGGGAGAUUCAGCUGAUGGAAUGUACUUUCUGGAAGAAGGAAGUGUGAAAAUUACAAUCACUGGAGAUAACGGUCAAGAAGUGGAGAUCAAUCGUAUCUCAAAGGGAGGAUACUUUGGGGAACUGGCACUGGUGACCCACAAGCCUCGGGCAGCUUCGGCAUAUGCAGUUGGAAACAUGAAAUUGGCUUUCCUUGAUGUGGAAGCUUUUGAGAGACUGUUGGGACCAUGCAUGAACAUAAUGAAAAGAAACAUAGAUGACUAUGAAGAUCAGAUCGUACGGAUCUUUGGUUCCAAGACCAAUGUCACUGAUAUUCGAUGAAAAAAUAACAUUUCUAGCUUAUAGUCCUUCUAAAUGUACCUAUUUUCAUACUAUGUUGACUCCUUCAUUAUUUAUUCUAAACACUGACAUGAAUUUCUAAACUAAAAUGCUGCAUCAGAGAUGUGUAUGUAUGGUGGUAGGUGCCAGUAUGUCUGAAGUGUGGCUAAUACUGUCUUGGACACAUCUCAAACAUUCAUUUGUAAGGAUAUGGUGUGGUAUAAAAAUUUCACAUUUUUAGUCUUUUGACAUAAUUUGUCCAUCAAAGCAAACUAGUGCAAUAUUUUUGCCUACAAUAGGACACAUUUAUCUAAGAUUAUAAUAAAAUAUGAAAACCAAGUUUUAAUUUAGGCACCAAAAAAAUUUAAGGUUAUUAAAAAAGUUAUAUGCACAUUGUAGAUUUGAGGUUUUCACAGCAUUGAAUAUAUGGAUUGUGGUCUGCUGGACUGUGAUGCUCUGUAGUCUUGUAGGUGGUUACCAACAUUUCUCCACAAGACUGGUUUCAAAACCGAUAAAAUCACAUUUCAUAAACACACAUUCCAUUACAUAAUUCGUUUAUGUGGUUAACCACGUACUUGUAUGUGGCAUAUUGCAUAAACAGAAUUUUGUUGUUCUUGUGUAAGUCACACUAGAACACACCCUGGCGAACGUACGUUAUAAUUUGUAAUGAAAGGUUUGGCCAUGGUACUGCAUAAUACUGCUACAUUCUAAACAUUAUCAAGACCAGUGCAAAAUUUUACCUGAAAGCUUUUUAAAGUACAAAGAAAUAUGAAAUGGAGAAAAAUGGAUUUUGGAAAGAGGUGUGCAGUGCAAUAAUAUUAAACCAACAAUGACAUAAGUGUUUGUACUAGUCGUGCAUCUCCAGAAAGGCACACUUUCUUAAUUUUGCUGCAUUAGAAAUCCUGUCAGACUAUUUAAGUGGUAUACAAUUUUCUGAUUUAAUUAGUUUUUUAACCCUUGCCCUGAGUUUUUGGGAAAUGGUUGCUGUAACUUGUUGCAGUGUAUGUCAGUAUUAAGUGCUUCUGAUUGUAAAGAACUUGCAGAAUACUCAUCUUUGAGAUGAUGCUGGAAAUCAGUUCACUUGCACAAUACUCUUAUAAUGAUUCUCAUUGCCAUAAACUUUCUAUAAUUUGACAGAUGUAUUUAUAUAUUUAAAAAAUGGUAUGUGCAUCUUUAUUUAGUGGGAUCAUCAUCCCGUCAUUGAGAAAAUUUGAUGUCAUCCAGUAUUUUGAUAGAAGUUUUUCUGUCAAGAAUUUCAUGUUGUGCUCUGAUGAUUUGUUGGAACUAAGUUUUAACCAUUACUACAGUUGCCCUAGAAGUAAGCCUUAGUCAUGCUUGAUAGUUAAAUUGACAAAGUCAACAUUUCAUUCCUAAAACAAAAUGCUGUGCAUAGUUUUUUAUAUAAAUUUUGGCCAAUUUAUGAGAUGCAAAAUAAAAGUUAGAGGCUUUUUUAUAAUAUUGUAUGUACAACUCAACAAUUUACCACUUUAUGUGCCAAGACUUGCUUGAAGAAUAGCAAAAGACCUGUGAUUGUUAUUUUUUCGUGGAAUGCUUUAAUCUUAGUUCUUGACGGAGAUGCUUUAUUAAACAUCCAGACUCAAACAGUGUUUACUUAAGAAUUUAAACAAAUGUAAUGUUAAUUUUAAUAACUAAUAUAAGUGUUGAAUAUGUUAAUGGUAGAGACAGUUUCUUUAAUUUAUUAUCAUAUAAAAUGAAUUGUGAUGCAUACUUUUUGUACAUUUGUUUUUAAGAAGGAUGUGCGUGUAGAAGUUCGUUUAUUUGAAUUCGAAUUUCAGUGUCCCUUAGUGCUGUUAUUUUAUUGCUGUUUUUAACAGCUCUGCUGUUCUCUGGCUUUCUCGUGCCAAGUACUCACAGUAUUUAAAUUUGAUUGUAACCAAUCCUGUAACAUAUAUGUUCAGAUGUACCCACAAAAAAAACCAAUACUAAAAUGAGUUAUUACAUAAUGCUGCCUGUACAAUUUUUAAUGCACUUUAAUUUAUGAUACUCUCCCAAACAUGACUAUAUAAGCACUUUUCACUGAACUAGUCAUAGCUGGUUUCUAUGUAUAUGUUGAUGGGGAAUAUGUGUGAAAGCUGCAGAUUGUUUUUAUAAAUGUUUAAACCCUGUGUGAGGAUCAUAAACUACUGCCCAAGAAAAUAUUACUGAUUUCUAGAAAUACUUCUAGAUUCAGAGACUGUCUAAACACUAGUUUUACAUAGUAGUGAACAUCUUGAUAUAGUAGACUGUAAAAAUAAAGUAAAGUAAAGUUUGUCCCACUAUACGCCAUGUAGGCGUUUGGGGUGAGUGGUCAGCAUCAUGCCCUGGCCAGUACAAAGUCAAAUGUUUCACUCAAUGUGGCACUCAAUACUGCUGACAUAUCAACAGACACAUAUGGAACCUCACUUUAAAGUCAUGCCUUCAUGUGUUGUUUUUGCUUCCUUUUGUCUUAAAAUGUUAUAUCAGACCACAUAUCUGUAUGAGGUAAUAUGAAUUUAUUGAUAUCGGUAACUUCUGUGUAGGCAGGAUAAUUUUGCACAGGUUUAAUCUAUGAAUUGUGAGCUUAAUUUAAACUAUGAAAUUUACAGACAUUAUUAUUGUAAUGAAUGUGUAUCACACAAAAAAACAUGCCCUGGAAUUAGCCUAUCUCAAGCGUAGUGUUGGCAACAUCUUCCUUGAAACUUGCAUGUGCCUGCAGUAUGAAUCUCUGUGCAUGUGCACAAAUAUUCAAGUUGUAAAGAUUAAAAGCUUUUGACUUCCUAAUAAACUUUAUGUUGAAUUUGUU